CUCUCCGUUUGGCGUUUCUAACAACCAGCAUUCUUUCAUCGAAAUGUUUAAGCUGACAGCUCUGCAUUCUGCUCGCCGUGCUUUGAUUCGCUCGAACAUACCAGUCCGUCAUGUUCUGCCUGUACUGACACGAGCCUAUGCCACUGGCGGGUCCAAGGAAAAUGCUGCCGUCAGUAUGAUUGAACGCAAGCGGGCUGAUGCUCAACUCGGUGGUGGUCAGAAACGUAUUGAUGCUCAACACAAAAAGGGAAAACUUACAGCACGUGAACGUAUUGAUUUACUAGUGGAUGCUGGAUCGUUCCGGGAGUAUGACACUUUUGUAGAACAUCAGUGUGUUGAUUUUGGAAUGGAAAAAAAUAAGAUCACAGGCGAUGGUGUUGUUACUGGACAUGGUACUAUCAAUGGACGUAAGGUGUUUGUCUUUUCCCAAGACUUCACUGCUUAUGGUGGUAGUUUGUCAAAGAUGCACGCUCAAAAAAUUCAAAAGGUCAUGGACAAAGCUAUGCUUGUCGGAGCUCCGGUCAUUGGUCUCAACGAUUCCGGCGGUGCUAGAAUCCAGGAAGGUGUGGAUUCCUUGGCUGGAUAUGCUGAUAUUUUCCAGAAGAACGUAUUGGCUUCCGGUGUCAUUCCUCAGAUCUCUCUGAUUAUGGGUCCAUGUGCUGGUGGCGCUGUGUAUUCACCUGCUCUCACAGACUUUACCUUCAUGGUUCGUGAUACCUCUUACCUCUUUGUUACUGGUCCCGAUGUCGUCAAGGCUGUGACCAACGAAGAAGUCACCCAAGAAGAACUUGGAGGCGCUAGUGCUCAUACUGUCAAGAGUGGUGUUGCUCAUAAUGCAUUUGAGAAUGACAUUGAAGCUCUUCAGAGACUUCGUGAUUUCUAUGACUAUUUGCCCCUCUCCAACCGUGAAUCUGCCCCAAUUCGCAAGGUUACUUCCGCCCCUCCACAAGACGAUCCCAGCUUGGAUAACAUUGUGCCGGUUGAUUCAACCAAGGCUUAUGAUAUGAAGGAUGUGAUUUCAAGGAUUGGAGACGAAAACAGCUUCUUUGAAUUGGCUCCUUCUUACGCCAAGAACAUCAUCAUUGGUUUCUCACGCCUUAACGGCCAGACCAUUGGUGUCGUUGCCAAUCAGCCUCUCGUCUCAUCUGGUGUUCUUGAUAUAAAUGCAUCUGUGAAGGCUGCUCGCUUUGUACGAUUCUGCGAUGCCUUUAACGUACCCUUGCUUACUCUGGUUGAUGUUCCUGGCUUCUUACCUGGUACUGGCCAAGAACAUGGUGGUAUCAUUCGACAUGGUGCCAAGCUGUUAUAUGCCUACUGUGAAGCUACUGUUCCAAAGCUUACUGUCAUUACUCGAAAGGCCUAUGGUGGUGCCUACGAUGUCAUGGCCUCCAAGCAUUUGCGCGGUGAUGUGAACGUUGCAUGGCCCACUGGUGAAAUUGCUGUCAUGGGCGCCAAGGGUGCCGUGGAAAUUAUCUUUAGAAAUUCCGACAAUAAGGUCGAAGCUGAGAAGGAUUAUGUUACCAAGUUUGCUAAUCCGCUCCCAGCUGCUCAGCGUGGCUUCAUCGAUGAUGUGAUUCUUCCAAGAACUACUCGUCGUCGCCUUAUUGAAGAGCUAGAGUUGCUCAAGGACAAGAAGCUUUCCAACCCUUGGAAGAAGCAUGGCAAUAUUCCUUUGUAAAAAGAAAAGAAAUAGGGAAUAGAAGCCAGUUGAUUUUUCCAGGUGUUUAAUAAUAAAGAAGAAUUUUCAGUUUUCAUAGAAACAAAA